UGUAUAAUCACUAGACACUUUUGAUUAACAUGUUAAGUAAUAUAUUUUGUACAUGUAUAUUUGAUUCACAUAUUAAAAGGAUAUCCAAAACUGAACCGAAACCAAAAUAAGUAUAUGUUGGAUAUAAGAAUGACUUAUCCAUAUACCUGGAACCGAAUGGUUUUUAUUCGAAACCGAACCGUGAAUACACGAAUGCCAAGGGCUAAUAAUAUAUAAUUUUUAAGAGUUAGGAGUCGUACAAAACACUACUAUCCAAACUAGGGUCUUGGACUUCUACUCUACCUGUUAGGAUUUGCCGCUUUCUUCCUAUCUUAGUUUGCGUGAUUGUUGAUCGAAAGAUGGGAAAAAAGAGGAAAUCGUCCGAACCACCGUCUCUGACUGCGUCACUUCCCCAUGACCUCGUCGUUGACAUCUUAGCUCGUCUAUCGAGAUCCGACUAUCCAGCGCUCUCCCUCGUUUCCAAGCACUUCCGUUCAAUUGUUUCGUCGCGUGAGCUAUACGCAACACGAUCCUUGUUGGGAUGCAUGGAGCACUGUCUCUAUGUUUUCCUCGCCGACGUAGAAUCUAAGUGUAACCGUUGUUAUAUUCUCCGCCAGAAAACCAACGGCAGUCACGGUUUGGUCCUUGUCCCGUCGCUUCCUUCUCUGCCGUAUGGUUCGCGCUUUGUUGCGGUGGGCUCGAGGAUAUACGUCUUUGGUACGGGUAAAGACAGGAAUACGACGCUAAGCAUCGACUGUGGAUCUUACACGGUGCAACCUCUCCCUAGCAUGCAUGUGCCAUUGUCUUAUACAGUCGCUGACGUCAUCGACGGGAGAAUCUACGUGAUGGGACGUCAUGACCAGAGGGACUUGGACAAGAUGAUGGUGUUGGUGUUCAACACAGAAACCCAAACGUGGAAGACUGAUAGUGAGAUGACAACGUCUGAGAUAUACGCACAUGGAAGUGUGGUGAUGGCUGAUAAGAUGUACGCGAAAUAUUCUUGUAAAGGCUUUGUUUACGAGCCAAAGGAAAGGAAAUGGGAGACGGACGAGGUUCUGAACUCUAAGGAGUGGAGGUUUGCGUGCGUCGUUGAUGAUGUAUUGUACUAUUAUGAAUUUUAUAGGGAUAAGUUAAGAGCGUAUGAUAGAAAGCAGAGGUGUUGGCUAGUGGUGAAAGGUUUGGAGGCAUUUUUUCAGACAAGUUUAAUGUGGUCAUACGUACACAGUGUGAGUUACGAUGGGAAACUAGCUUUGUUUUUUCCUUAUGGUGAAGAAAUCUGGUGUGCGGAGAUUUCGCUGGAAAGAUCUCAAGGAGGUGAGAUCUGGGGUAAAGUUGAGUGGUGCGAUUGUCUUCUGACGUCCGAGAGGAGAUUUCGAUAUACCAAAUCUCUAGAAGUUUUUGUGUGAUACCACAACUCUCCUUCUGCUUCAUAUAAACUUGUGCUUUUUUUUAAUAACAAUAUUUUGUUUGUCUUCCUGAGCUUUCUUUUCAUUGUUACCAAAUCUCAUCUUGGUGUGAAGAUGCUUAGCCUUCUGUUACCGAUCUAAGAUUGUUUGGGAUAACCAGUAAGUUAGACAUUUGGUUAUGUAUUCUUUUAGUUUUUUCUAUAUUCUGUUUUUGGUAAUCAAAUUCAGAGAGUGAAUAGAAACCACACCAGGAAUUGUACAUGAAAAGGUAAACAUUGCAAACAAAUGUAGCAGAAUAAGUCAAUGCUUCCUGUGUCUUAUGUACUGAGCCACUGGAAACUGUAGAGCAUUUAUUUUUCGAGUGUGCUUACUCUGCUCAGAUUUGGGAGGCUUUGAUGAAGGGUGUUUUGAGAGACAAGUUUACGUUGAGGUGGGAAGAAAUUAUGAGAAUUAUGAGGGAUACAAAGAGAAGGAAGAUGCAUCUGUUUCUUAUCAAGUACAUGUUUCAAGCGACUGUAUACAUGAUCUGGAGAGAGCGUAACAGAAGAAGACAUGGGGAAACUGAAGCUUUCCAGCAGCCCUCUUGAUAAAGCUUCUUGAUAAGAAUAUGAGAAAUAAGCUCACUCUAGUGCAAAGGAAAGAUGAUAAAGAGAUUGGAGAAGGGAUGCAACACUGGUUUGAUACAAGAUAGAUUUUGAAGAUUUAUUUGAGAUAGGAGGAUAAAGUUUUAAUUUUCAUCAAAGGAAAAGGACACACUUAUUGUAAAAAAAGUUUUUUUUUUUAAAUUAAAUUUAACAUUCAAUUCAAAAAAAAAAUAUAGAGAAAAAGGAAUAUAUCUUUGCAGUAAACUCAAACAAACUCUCUCUAGAGUGGUAGUCACUAUAAGGAUCAAAGGGGGAAAAGAGUUGAAAGGCUUAGAGCAUAAUUAAUUAUUGAGCAUGAAUAUAAGAAUCACUCUCUUAUUUAAUAGCUGGUUCUUAGUUUUUAUAGUUAAAAAUUAAGAGACGGAUUCUUAUAUUCCGCUAAGAAUCCCACUCUAAGAACUCCCAAUAAUCAUACUCUUAGGACAUGUUUAUCGGGGGAGAUUAGGUAGUUUCUUAGCGAGGUGGGCCCCAACGAAAUACAAAAAACGGUAACAAAAAGCCCAGAUUAAGGAUCGACUAUUAUUGGGGGUGUUGGACUGUUUGCGGACUCCACUGACACGUGGCGGCCCGCAGUUGGUGCUUUUUUUUAUUUUUUUUAGUCAGAAAAAAAAAAUUAAGAAACCCAUUAAGGGUUUUAUGGGAUAAUCAUGGUCCUAUAGAUUAUGGAGAGUUGUUUCACCUCAGUGUGGACUUCCAAACCCUGCAGCCAAAAAGAAAAAAACAAACAGAAACAAGUAGCAUACGUUUUUAGACAAUCUAUUAACUCUCAGUAUUACGUAUAUUUCUCCACGAGAGAUUUGAUCAAAGAUAAGAAAAGUAGAAAGAGAAAAACACCUGAACGAGGGGAAAAAAAAAGAAAGAAGAUUAAGGGCUUGGUCCUCCCAUCUUUGCUUGUGGCUCAGUUAGUAGGUUCACAUAAUCCAGAAUUCCUUAUCAACAGUUUUCAGCCCAUUAAGUUUUUACACAUUUCAAAAUAAUAUAUUUUCCGCUUAAUGUCCCAUAGCUUUCCUUUUCUUUCAUGAAAGGAUUUAAAGCUCACAUUCAAAUGCCUCUACUUCAUUAUGGAACCUUCGCACCAAACCGAAUGUUCCUUUUUUGGUUAUUCACAGACAACUAUCUAUGAGUUUACUCCCUCUCGACGUACCAGAAAUUCAAUCAUGCAAUUGUAUUCUCAUGCCAAUGUUAAGGUUAUUUUAACAUGGAGAUCUCACAUUCUAACUAUAUAUAUGUGUAAGUAUAAGCUCCGACCUUGCUAUUAGGCUUAAGUUUUAGACAUCGUUCAUUCCAUUCUUCCAUCAUCGCGGUUUGCUGUCUUACGAACAAAAACAUAUACAAAUAAUACAACGAGAAAAAGGUAUCUCUCUACAAGUCAAAAGCGAAUUAUAACAUAAAAAGAGAGAGAGAGAAUGUAUAAUAGACACAAUCAUCAUCACUUCCUGAUUUCUCAAAAAGCUUAAUUGGCCAAUCAUCUCUCUACUCAUAAGCUGAUAUUUUAGUUAAACC